AUUGCAAUGUCAUUUGCACACAUCUAGAGGGCUUGUUUCAUUCAAUAAAGUAAAAAAAUCCACAAUGAGUUUCGCCGAUAAAGUGGUGAUCGUUACGGGAGCGAGUUCCGGCAUCGGCGCUGCAGUUGCCAUCAAAUUCGCCGAAGAAGCUGCUAACGUUGUACUGGUAGCACGAAACCAGGCGAAACUAAAAGAAGUCCUCAAGAAAUGUGAGGGACACCGUGGUAAAGCCAUUACGGUGAUCGCUGACGUCACCAAAAACGAAGACAUUAAGAAAAUCAUCGCACAAACCAUUAAUCAAUUUGGGAAAAUUGAUAUUUUGGUCAAUAAUGCUGGAGUAGGUGGUCUAGCUGCGGUCUGGGAUACAAAAGCAAUGGAAGUGUUCGACAAAGUCAUAGCUACAAAUCUCCGUUCAGUAGUCUACCUGACGAACCUCGCUGCUCCAUACCUGAUCAAAACAAAAGGCAAUGUGGUCAACAUUUCUAGCAUCGCAGCAGUAGAUGUGAUAACAACUGAACAUUUUGCUUAUUGCACUUCCAAAGCUGGUUUGGACCAUUUCAUGAGAUCAGCAGCUCUUGACUUUGCUCCGAAAGGUGUAAGAAUUAACUCUGUGAACCCAGGGCCUGUGAGGACAGACUUUGCUGAGAAUCUUGGUGUGGGUAAGAGUGAGGCUGAUAAAUUUUGGGAGAUGACGAGGGAGGCUACUGCUCUUGAUAGAAUAUCGGAACCUGAUGAGAUUGCUGAUUUGGUGUUGUUCUUAGCUAGUGACAAAGCGAGAGCUAUCACUGGUUCAUCCUACAUUACUGACAAUGGAUGUUUGUUGAGGAGACCGUUUAAGGCUCUGUAAAAUGUCGUUGAUAAGUGCAUUUCCACCAGCGAUAUGCUAUGCUACGUUGCUGUGGAUGCGUUUGGCUU